CCAAAAACACAGGUGACGACAUGAAGAGAAGACGCCUGCCGGUCACCUUGUGCGCAGUCCUCACCCUGCUCUGCUCUGGGGUGAAGCCCCAAGUGACAGAAGAAGACCUCAUUCUCUUAUCUGGAGACCGCGAGGUCCCUCAUUGUUUCUCCAGAAACCUAGAGACUGUUGUGUGUUACUGGUCGGCGGAGGAGGUGCCUGACGAGGACGGGGACGUCAUUUAUGGCUUCUAUUACACCUAUGAUGAGGGUAAUGAGAUGGAGUGCGACAUCACGGUGCAGAGCGGCCGCCGCACCCUCUACGUCUGCGAGCACGAUGAGCUUAUCCUGUUCAAUUACCUCAACGUCUUUGUGAGAGACAAAAAGAAGAAUCGCACCCUGCGCAGCCGCAAACUGGAAUUAGAGCUUUUCGUGAUAUUACAGCAUCCACAUGAUAUUAAGGUCACAUGGGAAGAAAGUUCUGAACGGUUCCGGGUCACCUGGAUUCCUCCGGAGAUAGAUAUGAAUUUCAGGUUCAAAUAUGAGGUCCAGUUCUGGUUCCUUGAGGAAGAGCGUCAGUCUGUGAUCAGGUCAGAGGUCAGAGAAGUUCUGCUCCCCCAGCUGAAUCCCGGUCAGCUCUACCACGUCCGCAUCCGCACAGCAUGGAAUGGGGAAAAGGCUUCCAUUUGGGGUCCUUGGUCCAAGGCCGUUACAUUUGUUAGUGUGGCGUCUGCAGAAACCAUUGGGCUCCAGUGCUUCACCCCUGACCUCUCUCAGGUUUGCUGCACGUGGGAUGAAAGGAUCUUGGACGCAUCGUUCCUCCAGGUGCACUAUAGAUAUGGACAAAAGAGCACAUUCACGUGGCAGCCCUGCAAGGACUCUGAACAUCGGAACGAAUGUCAUUGUGCGUUCCCAGCAAGAAACGACACCUCCAUGUCUAUGAAACUGAAUGUAACAUUUGUGAAUGGGAAGCAGAGAUUGUAUUAUAAUAAACCGAUUUUGAUCAGCCAUAUAGUGCGCCCACAGGUCCCAGUUCUACACGCCCAGCAGGUGCCAGGGAACAAGCUGGCGCUUAACUGGUCAAGUCCAAUCCCAGGUCUAAGAAAACAUCUGAUCUAUCAAAUCCGCUUCUCAACAGACAAUGAGAAAUCCUGGACGACUUUGCAGGUCCCGGCUGGUGUUUACAGCAAAGAGAUCUCUAUGGUCUCUGGUACAAGCUACAUACUGCAAAUCAGGACAGGUCCCACCCAAGAGGAGAUCCAGGGGUCCUGGAGUGGAUGGUCUGCAAAAGUCACCACCAAAUCUCCUUCCAGCACCGGCUGGGUGACCCCGGUGAUCGCCGUGUCUUUUCUGCUUAUUGUCGCAGCCGGGUUUUGCCUGCCAUAUAUCUUCCCCUCAUUUUACAGGAAACUGAAGGACAAAUUGUGGCCUCCUUUACCAAACCUGCACCGUGUACUGGACACAUUUAUGGCUGAGAUCCAGAAACAGUAUCAGCCUAAUUUUACUCUCUAUGAGAAGCCCCAGGAGGAAGCAGCGCAGCCCUCAAGUCUGGAAAUCCUUUGUGAACUGACCCCAACCAGGGACAGCCAACAAGUAUCCCGGGAUUACGUUCAGCUCGCUCCACCAAGCUACCGAAAUGAGGAAUACUGGCCAAACCUGGAUCCCAUGGAGCUCACCCCAGACCUUGGUGCCAAUGAACUGCCCCAUGGCCUCACCAACCAGACUUACCUGCCCACCGCCCCCAGCUUACACUAAAGAGGUCUUCAGCAGGACAUUGUAUAUAUGGGACACAUGGAUAGGACUGUCCGGGCAGAAUGUAUCAUCCAUGGAAACAUUGUCUAUAAAUAAUAUAAUUACUAUGUAUCCAUUCUUGGA